AUGUCACGUUGGGGAAACGUGCUGCAGCAGGCCAUCGAUGUCGCUCCUGUGUAUCCCAGCAUGACCUAUCUCAACUGGAAAGGAGAGCCGAUUCUGGAAGCCCCAUUGCCCCCGACCAUAGGCGGGUUCCCGGUCCUCUUCCCGAGCAGGGGUCUGGUGCAACAGUUGAUGUACAACUAUGCCGUGGAAAUUGGGGUCAAGUUUCGUUUCGGCCAUCGUGUGACCGAGUUUGUUGAAGAUGAUGACUUUGCUGGUGUCUACGUUGGGGGUGAACUACUCAAGGCCGAUGCUGUCAUCGGUGCUGAUGGCGUUCACAGCAAGGCUCGAAAGUUUGUCACCGGCAAGGCUGAUGCUCCACAGACCAGCGGCGGUGCCGUGUAUCGGGCUUACUUCGACCUCAACCUCCUCGCGGAUGAUCCUUUGACCAAGCAUCUCGUGGAAGCUGACCGGGAUUUGUUCUUGCUGUGGGUAGGGUCGUCGAUCCAUAUCAUCGUCCAAACCAACCGUAAGCUUGGCAAGUGCACCUGCUUGUUCACCCAUAGACAAACGGCUACCAGCAGCGAGUCUUGGGAGAGCCUGGGCAGUGUCCCGCAAGCAGUUCAACUUCUUGAUGGCUGGGAUCCAGUUCUCCCAGCUCUUGUCAGCCAUAUUCCCGAAGAGACCUUUAUUGACUGGACCCUUUUGUGGCGCGAUCCCGCACGUCCCUGGGUUUCACCCAAGGGUCGAAUGAUAAUCAUUGGCGAUGCUGCCCAUCCUCACAUCCCAUCCUCUGGUGCCGGAGCGGCGCAAGCAACCGAGGAUGGAGCCACCAUCGCCGCGAUGAUAGACGUGACAGGAGUCAAGGACAUACCCCUCGCUCUCAGGGCGACCGAAAAGCUGCGUGAUGUUCUCAGCUACGAGCGAACAAGCCUAACUCAACGUUUGGGAUGGGAAAACCGCCAUCGCUGGCAACAGACAGAUUGGGAUGAAGUCAAGAAGAAUCCCGAGUUUUUAAGAUUCCCUAUGCCAGGGUGGCUCUACGAUGCUGACGCGCGCAAGUAUGCUUAUGACAAUGCCGAAGCGGUGAUUGCUCACAUCAAAACGGGUGCACCUUUCACAAACACAAACGUUCCUGAGGGCCACGUGCAUCAGGAAUGGACAAUGGAUGAAGUUGUCGCCUUAUUUGGCUCUCACAAACCCGAAGAGGUCUUUGUAGCUGGCUAA